AUGUUCACCUCCAGGUGUCUUCUAUUUUUAAAGAAUCUCUCCUCCUCUCUUUUAUUUCUUCACAUAGCUGUUUGUCUAGAGGUCCGCGGUUUGGUGGGACUGACGAUGAACUUUGACGAUCUCUUCGCGGAUGACCUGAAAUCGCUUGAAGCCGUGAUGGCACAGAUGCCGAAACCGUUAGCAAAGCAACCGAACCCUUCAGUCACCACACCUGUGCCAACGCUGGAGACAUCCGCUGCUGCAGCAAGCGCUUCUUUUGUUGGAGAGGAGAAUCGAGUUGGCAGAAGAGCUGGACGGCGGCAACAAGGGUCGGAGGUGGCGUCCCAAUCCACAGCUGGUGCGAAAGCGGUGACGAAGGAAUCCCUUCCAUGGGAAUUAGACGACGACCUGCCACAAACGUCAGCAACUAAAAGGGAAGAAGAUUCUUUGUCAUUUCUCGCCCCAACAGCUGGAAGGUGGCAGGCAUCCCCAAUGUCGACAACAGGAGCGGCGACGCGUGCUGAAGGGGGUGCGUCUCUACUAAGUGGCGUUGGAAACAAUGAUACAUUGUAUAUCGACGAUGAUGACCCUUUGGCUUUUUUGGAGGGUCCUGUACCGUCUAGGCGGAAACCAACUACAUCAACCUCCUCCGAGGCUCGAAAAGCACCAAAGUGGGGGGAGGAAGAGGGAGUUGUGGAGGUAAACAAAGAAGAAGCAAGACGGCGAGCUGAACAGCGGGAUCUUCUGGCGUCGUUGGACGCGGUUGAAAUCGAGCUCCGUGAGGUUCAGAGUAAAAUAAACCUGCUUCAAAUAAAGUCAGACACUGAACUAAUAGAGCUGGAAACUGCGAUUAUCCAGAAGGAAAUGCAGCUUGAAUCAGGUGAGGUUUCUUUGGUUGCUGAACGGCAAACGUUGGAGGAACAGAACCGGAAACGCAUUGAAUCUCUUGAGGAGAAUACCAUACGUUUACUGAGACAGCAAUCUGACGAGAUAACUGUUGCAACAAGUGAAGUGUAUCAAGGUCAGUUGAAAUCGUUUGCAACCAGUAUAGAAAACACUCAAGAAAGAAUAAAGCGUAUGCAGCAGCAGCGAGAGCUGUUGCUACAAAACCAUAGAUUCGAUGAGGAGGGAAUUUUAGUUGCCCUUACUGAUGAAGAGGACAGAAUGUCUGCUAGUAGCUAUGCUAAUGACAGCGAAAGUGAGGCGGGUGGUGGUACCAACAUUGAGGUGAAAAUAUCUGCCGCCCUCCGUCUGUUUCAGCAGUGGAAUAAGGAGAGACUCGCGUCAAUUGCAGGUAGUGUUGUUGAUUACUUGCAUAAAGAAACCAAUGAAGUGGCUCGUGAGGUACGACAUAAUCACACGCUGUCAUAUUUGCAGGACGCGACCGCGAGAAAGGAACUGCUGAAUACCUUUUUCCGAGAGAUGGCGUCGACAUACCUCGAUUUUUUCAACAACCGCGCCCAGCAGAGGUCCAAAAGAACCACAGAGGUACGCGAUGGACUUCGGCAGGCGACUGAAAAACUUCGUGAACUUGCCAAACAGCGAAUGGAAUCUCGCAUGAACGACAUUUCAACAAAAGCCAAUGAGGCUGCACGGAGAUUUCAAAAAUUAACGCUAGAAGCUAUUGAAUGUGCCGAUCGCAAGGCUGCGGCAGUGAGGGCCAGCGACGACAGCGUUGCGCGGAGUCAAUAUGUGGAGCAACAGAGCCGUUGUGGGAUGGAGCUGGGUUGUCUUGAGAAACUUCAUAGCGCGGAGCUGGACACGUUGAGAGACCAGCUGGGCCGGCUGCGUGACUCCGAGAGCAAAACUUCAAGAAAAAAGGAAGAAAUAAAAAAUAUAUGCACAUCCAGGGCCGAUUUUGUCGUUGCAUCCGUCAGGAAGUUGGAGAGUUCCAUACGAGAACAACUUGAAGGUCAAAAAUUAUGGAACAAAACCCUUCGUUCUCAGGCGGAGGGUGUGAUGUCCUUACUAAUGGAUGAUAUGCUUGAUCUGCGCAUGGGUAUACAAGAGAAGGAGGCUGUUGUUUUGUCGCUUCUUGACGAUACGCAGAGACGACAAAACGAGUUGAGCGGCACGCGGUUACGUUGUGGCGAGCUCCGCGAGCAAAUCAGUGAGAAGCUACAAGAAGCUGUUCAGUGCGCGCGGCAGCACCACGUUUUACAGGAAUCACGCGUAGCCAGCGUAGAGCUUACACGUACAGCGUGGGAACAUGAACAAAGGGAACUGCUUCAGUGGGGUUUCGAGGAGCUUUCAGUUCAAGAAUUGAUCGGUGACUUUGCCGCUACCGGUAUAGGUUCUGAUCACGCGGGGGUUGGGCAGACCCAGCUUCCUGUCGCCUCAACUAACGUCUGUGUCCUACGAAACAUUGCUAACAAGGGUCACACCCUCGCUACUCGCCUUGCGGCAUUGCGCAGCCAACGGGACAAUGUCUAUAAUGCUGUGGAGAAGGAGCGUGUGCGUGUCACAACGGCGCGGCGGGGAGUGGAUGGGCGUUGGGUGAAGUUAUUUGAGGAGUUGCUAUCACUUAUGUCAGAGCAGGAGAAGACGAUGUCUCAGCAGCUGGAUGCGGUGCUGUGCAUAGCAAAAUUGGAAGGGGCAAAAUCAAUCUUGCGUCACGAUUUCGAGCUCUUGCAGCGGCGUCGUGGCGAGGUGCAGGAGCUAAUGAAGCACCUUAAGCGGGAAUUGGGGACUGUAGUGGAACGCAGAUCGGAAUUCGCCUUACUGCAGAAGGAUCUCGAACAAAAGCAGGCCAUACUUCUGCAGGGGAGCCGCCUCACUGCACAAGCCUUUGACCCGUAG